AUGGCAGGCUUCAAUAAUGUUGUGUUCUCACGAAAUCAUUAUCUGCCACACUAUUCCGCCCCUUACAAAAUCGAACGUGUGACUGUCCUCCUUAAAGAUAAAGAGACAACGGCAACUAUAUAUCCAAUCUUUUACUUGGAAGGUCUUCCUGAUAACUUGCUUCUUUUCUUAACCCAAGAGUACAAUGAUGAGAUUUCCAGGGGCGACACACAGCCAUUUUUUGACCCUCUAACCGUCGAUGAAUUCAGAGAUUACUGGUUUGGACAGUUUACUGCAGUAAUGGUGUUAGGAGAUGAUCCGGUGCUAGAUGAGUCUGUCAGCGUAAAGCAGUGGGCUACUAAGUGCUUGGGAACUGUUUUUAUCAAAUCCUGUUACCCGGGAAGGUCUGCACAUGUUUGCACGUGCAACAUUUUGGUUAAUGCUGGAAUCAGAAGAAGAGGAAUAGGGACUACACUCACUGAAUGCUUCUUGACAUGGGCCCCAAGGCUCGGUUACAGCUACUGCAUGAUUGAUUUGAUAUUUGAGACGAAUAUAGCCGCCAAGCAGAUGCUCGAGCAUCUCAAAUUCAAGAAAAUAGGCCGUGUUAAAGGAUGCGGACUGUUGAAAAGCACAAAAGACUCACUGAUAGACGCACUGAUAUAUGGGCGAGACCUCGAACUUGGGCAUGAGGACGAUAUGAAUUCCAAAACUGAGGAUAUCAAGAUGUAUCUCAACUCCGGCCAGUACCCACCAAACUUUAAUAGGCAGGAAAAGUCGCGGCUCAGGGCGCUUGCGUAUCAUUACAGUGUCAAGGAAGGAAAACUCUAUCUAAAGGGUAAAGAAGUGAUAUCGGAUGUUGCCGAGCAGCUGCGUAUCACCAAGAAAAUACACUCCAAGGCUCAUUUGGGCAUCAACAAGACCACCUCUAAGAUAUGCGAGCGGUAUCACUGGCCUAAAGUUAAGGAAACGGUAACUACUGUCAUUAAACAUUGUCCUCAGUGCAGCGAUCCGGCCAAAUCAUCGCUUGUUCGGUCGCAGGUUGCUACUGUGAGAUUCAGAAGGAGAAAAGAUAACAUUAACUCCAAAAGCAAUCAUUCAAAGAUGAUAACUGGGCAUUCUGUUCCAGUGACAGCCAGCAGUAGUUCUGUUAGCACUAUUCCAGAUGCAGACGUUUCUGCGUCCACAUUUCCAUCUGGUUUGCCGUUUGUAAGACCAACACCGUUUGUGGAUUUGUACCGGGCUCCGGAUGCACAGAAUUCCGCAUACGAUCAUUUGGAUACCCAAAUGGCAGAUGUAGUCGAUGUUGAUGCAUUGGUGAAUGGAUCACCACAGAAGCAUGGUGUCGGAAUUCGCCAGAAUCAGUCAGACCAAUCGCUAAAUGCUUCCGCUGUUAAUAACAAGAUGCUUCUUCAUUCGGUAGCUUCCGAAAUUAGGCACUACGACGAUUCGGGCAUCCACAUCAAUACACCAGUCCAGAACGGAGUACGGGACAUUCGGCUUCACUCUUCACAGGGUUUGGGCCUGGAUAACAAAGCAGAUAGGGCAAAUGAGAGCAAUGAUCCUGAGAAUAGUUCUUCUGACAAUAACCAGGAUCGUGAUCUUCAACAUGAUGUCAAUUCUGCAUCGAAGCAGUCUGUGGAUGCUUUGUCUUUUAUACCGUAUUAUUUAUCAGAUCCUCAAAUAUGA